AUGUCAACAAGAGCAUUCGAAACUGUUAACGUGUAUGUGAGUGGAGUUAUUCCAAAUGUUAGUGCAUCAACUGUUUGGUCACUGAUUGGUUCUUUCAAUGGUUUGCCAACUUGGUAUGAUACUGUUGCCAGCAGUGAAAUGGACAAUAAUCAAUCGGAUAAUACUGUGGGAGGUAUUCGAAAGCUCACCAUGAAAAAUGGUAUUAUUCAACGUGAAAGAUUAAUUGCUAUGGAUUUACGGAAUUCUUCUUACACUUACUCCCUAGUUGAUGGUAUCCCAUGGGAAGGAUAUAAUAAUGAUUACUUUGCAACUAUUUCAGUCAAGCCAAUUACAACAAAUGGAACUGAUAAGGUAGAUAACACAUUAUUGGAAUGGGAGGCAGAAUUUACAUGUCCACAUGGUGAAGGAAAGAAAUGGCAACAAGUUAUUGAGGGAAUAUUUGAGUAUGGAAUUAAAUGUUUACAAAAUAUUUACAACAAGUAA